AAAUAUGGAUCAUCUACAAGUAAUCAAAGAAUAGAAGCUUGGUGGUCAUAUUUAAGAAAAUAUAAAUCACAAUUUUGGAUAGAGCUUUUUACUAAAAUUGAAGAAGCAAGUGAAUGGUAUUAUAGUAAUUCUGUAGAUUAUGAAUGUCUUAUUUAUAUUUUUAUGCCACUUCUUAAAGUUGAAAUAUCAGAAUUUAAACAAGAAUGGAAUAGUUAUAAAAUUAGAUUUAAUAACAAUAGUAAAUGUCCAGCAGGAUGUCCUGAUGAUAAUUAUUUUUUACCAGAACUAAAUAAUACUCAAAAUUAUGGAUUUAAA